CUGAAAGAUAAGGUACCAUAUCGUACAGUUAGCCUCCCAAUCCUUCGCUGGAGAUGAUUACUUGGAGUAGGAGAAAAAGAACAAAGUUCAGCGAGUACAAAACAGAAAAACUGCAAGGAAAAAAGACCUUCAAAGAAACUCAAGGAAUCUAUGUACAAAAGACCAGUUUACCCUGUAUUCAAAUAAGAUUUUGCUACAACAGUAAGUGAAUUUGUGUAAUAUCUUCCAACAUUUGAUCCUAGAUGACUUAGACUUUUUUCAGUUCAGUUAUUUUAACCUUAAACUUGAAAUUAACUUUGAAUUCUUACUGUAGUGAAUAACUCUGUAGGAGAUGAAAGAAAAUGGAAUGAAUUGUAUAUUUGGCAAUACUGUGUUUAACAACUAUGGAAUACAAUUAUUUAGGAUCACCUUGCUUCAAAUCGUUACUCACAGUGGAUUUCGUUAGAGUGUCAAUUGGCCGUCUAUUUAUGCUGUGUUUUCUUCCUGUAUAAAAUUUCAUUUGUUUUGUUUGACCUCUUUAUGAUAUUAGGAUAUUCCAUGCUGUUCUAAAAACAGUGGGCUCUAUAGCCAUUAGGAAGGUAUUGAACAUCCUACAAUUUUGGUGCAAGUGGCGUGAAAUCCCUGCUCUCAUCCUGGUGACCCAGGUAUCAAUUGGGUCAUUUGAUGGAGUUCUUGGGAGGAGGUAGAUUAAUUAUUUGCAUAUAUUAAUAACAAGUGGGAGCUUUCAUUCAACGCUCAGAAACAUAGGAAUAGUAUUAAAUUCCUUGACUUGGUUAUGAGGGGACAUUGAGAGAGAUAUUUGCAUGCACCAUUUAAGAUGGAUAAUUCAUAUCCCAUUGGGCCAGUUUACUUGGAUUAGUCACAAUUGCACCUAUAUAUGUGAUUAUGAAAAAUAAGCUUUAUUAAUGGUACAAUGUUUCAUAGAGAAAGGUUAUCCCCUGAGGUAGGGCUCUUUUAAAUGCAAGAUAAUGUAAUAGGGCUAAUCUCUUUGGGGAGAGAGGGGGAGAAGAAAACCAGGCUACCCCAGAACCGAUUGCAAUAUACCAUUCUGAGACACAUUAAUCUAUUUUAGAACUUUUGGCACACCAUCCCCAUAAGACCCAAGGCUAUGGUCAAAGAUGAUUUAAUAUUAGCACUAGGGAGUGCAUUAGAGAUAAAGGGACCAUUUUUGUAACUGGUUUCAACUGAUGCUUUGAUGAGAUUAUUGCUAUUAUCUCUAAAUAUUCGUUUGUGCUUAAACUGGAUCUUUGGCUGGUAUUUCCUUUACCUAAUUGGGAUUUAGUUUACCUUCCUUUAAAGGGUAAAAACAAGUAUCUUUAUCCAAAUUAAACACAGUGAUUACAGGUAUUACCAAGGUUGGCCAUUUUAGAUAUGGAGAUUCCAGGUGGGGGAUUUUACAUGGGGGAUUGCUCUGUUGUUUACCUUUUAAUUUAUACUUGUGGACUACAGCAUGUGGGGCAAACCUUUCAGGUCUCUGAAAUCCAGAUUUAGAGAGCACUGUUUAGCAAUUCUCAAGCAAGACAAGACGUCUGCAAUCUCAACACAUUUUCAAGCAGUGCACUAGAAUCCCAGAGAUAUUAGGUUAAUGGAAAUAAAAUUAGUUCCACCAGAAUGGGAUGUUGCAAGGAGAAAGAAAAGAUUGUUAACUGCAGAGACUAAGACCGCAUGGUCUUAAUGAGGAAUUUUUCUUAUAAAAUAUUUCCUACGCAGCAAUUAGAUCAUGUAUUAUGUGUCAUUCAUUAUGUUUCAUGUAAUAUUUGUUACAUUUUAUUGUACUGAUUUUUGCAAUGAUGUUUUUAAUUAUACCAACCUCCCUCUGCUACGGCGAUAUAAAGGAGAAUUUAAUCAUCCUAAUUUUAUUCCCUUGAAAAACUCCCCCACUCUAGCAUUGGAGAUGAGGAGGAGCCUGGAGCUACGGUCAAUUCAGUACGUGACUUAUAAAAAGAAAAAUGUCACCAACAAGCCUGAUUUUUUAGAGGCAGCCCCCUCUAGAGCAUCAGAGGAAAAUACAUUUCCAUUGUUCAGGAAUAUACACAAAAAGAGGAACUAGAGGACGAGGUGGACAGUCCAACCAAGGUGAGAUGCCUUUGAACAAAGACAUAUUUAAUUUAUCAUCUCAUGUCCUUAGUGCUGGGGAAAUCUCCCUUUUGAACAAGGGCUUGAAAUGUGCCCCGGAUAGAUACCCAAGAUUAUUGACCUGUUUAAAGAUCUCAAUCAUUUUGUGAGGAAGCUCACUGUUAUCAGAUCUUUUAACAUAAGGGAGGCAUCAGGUAGGGAGGAGUGCCCUAAGUUUCUCAAUGCCCCACAGGAUAAAGUUGUCUUCUAUAAUUUAGUCUCUCUUUUGGAGGAACAAGACACCCCACGAUAUAAUUGGGAUGCGUUGGAUAUAGUGAACACCAAUAUUUCAUCUGGACUAAAACCCCCCUCUGCCUCUUAUCCACAGGUGGAUGAAGGACCAUUCAUCCAAAUGUUUUAUGACCUGGUUCUGAAAGAUCUCAGGGCUCUUCGUGCUGAGUUCCAAAAGAAGAAGGAUCGAGUCUGUAAUAAUUUGGACAAAUUGGAAUCAGCAGCAGUCACAAGUUUAAAACACAACAAUAAUUUGAUCAUCAAGGGGGCAGAUAAGGGGGGGCAUUGUUAUUCUGAACAAAACUGACUAUCUGAACGAAGCUUACAACAUAUUUGGUAAUGAAGAAUACUAUAAGGCACUAAGUUAUGACAUCACCCAGACAUUUAGGAAUGAAUUGAAAGACCUUGUAGAAUCAGCCUAUGCUAAUGGAUCUAUCGACAAAAAUGAAAGAAGCUCAAGGGGAUAUCCCUAUUUUUUACUACCUUCUGAAGGUGCAUAAAUCCCCGACGAAUCCCCCUGGUCACCCCAUUAUUUCGGAUUUAGGUUCUUUGAUUUCGCCAGUUUCUAAGUGGGUCGACUUCCAUCUGCAGAGAUAUAUUGCCAUCCUUUCUGAAAGACACAGGGCAUGUGUUGUCUAUAGUCAAAGAUAUUGAAUGGUUGGAACAUUACUGCUGGUUAACGAUCGAUUUGACAGCCCUCUAUUCAAAUAUCGACCACACUUUAGGUUUGAAAGCAUUAUCCCAGCAUUAUCCCAUUAUUUGGAUACAGAUUCCCUUCUUCCGGAGAGACAGGCAGAAUACAUCAUCAAAUUUACGGAAUUCAUGUUGAAACACAACUAUUUGGAAUUCAACGGGGCGUUUUAUUUACAGACCAAGGGAACGGCGAUGGGGGCGAUUUUUGCUCUAUCCUACACCAACUUGUUUAUGGGUCACUGGGAGAAUGCGGUGGUUUUUGGUGACCCAUACUGGAUGGAGCGACUCGCCCUCUACCGCCGAUUCAUUGAUGAUAUCCUUAUUAUUUGGAGAGGUGAUUGGAAUGAGAUAGAAUAUUUUGUCUCACAAAUCAACAAUAACCACAGGGGUCUCAUGUUUAAACUUAAAAAGCACAGAUCCACCAAUGAUUUCCUGGACCUAAGCCUAAUUGGUUCUAAAGUAAGGGUGCAUACCAAAACAUAUCAGAAAAGUGUGGAUGUGAAUGGCUAUCUGCAUGCCAAGAGUGGUCACCACCCUACCUGGAUACAGAACAUUCAAUCAGGUCAAUUCAUCAGAAUUAGACGGAAUUGUUCAUUUAUGCCUGAUUAUGAAAGAGAAUCCCUAACUCUAUGUCAUCACUUUUUGGAUAAAGCUUAUCCACCUAAACAGAUCCUUAAUGCUUAUCUGAGAGGAUGGGAUCUGAACAGAGAGACCUCUUCCAAGUCUCCUGUUAAAGGUUCUCCUCUACUGAAUAGCUAUACUCAAGUUCAAAGAUUAGAGCAGAAGCCUCCUACUAAAGAGCAUUAUACUAUUCUCGAAUUAUUGGAGAGAGCCCAUACUCCCACUAUGAGAAGAGCUAGAUAUAAUAUCAGCACAAAAGAAGUAAGCACGGGCAAAACACCCAUAUUCUCUACCAUGUUCAACAAAGGUUUUGAUGAAAUUAUUCAGGUUUUCUGUAAGUACUGGCCCAUUCUGAUUAAGGACCCGUGGUUGUCCUUUUGCAUCUCUGAUGUCCCAAGAGUUACUUUUUAAAAGGGCACCCAAUCUAAAGAACAUCCUAGCAACCUCCAAAUUUACCAUAGACAAUGGGGGGCAAGCGAGGGACAAAAAGAAGGGUAUAGCGAACAAGCGUUGUGGUCGUAAUAAGUGUCUUACAUGUGGGUAUAUCUGUCAUCAAAUCUCCACAUUUAGUCCAUAUAAUAGCAAUGAAAUCUUUUCCACAUCAUUUAAAAUCACCUGCAGCACCCCAUUCGUUGUGUAUCUUUUAACCUGCCCUUGCGGGCUGCAAUAUGUGGGUCAAACGACCAGACCCCUGAAAUGCAGAUUCAGAGAACACAGACUAGCCAUAAUGCAUAACAAUAUGAGAUCAUCAGUGGCCUGACAUUUUGAAGUCUACCAUGAUAAAGAUCCCUCUGGUGUAAAAGUAAUGGGGAUAGACCAUAUUCCACCUAAUCAGGAUGGUGCUAAAAAGAAAAGGGAAUUGAUUAAGGCAGAAUCCAUGUAGAUCUUCAAGCUCAACUCUAUGACACCUAAUGGCCUCAAUGAGGAGCUUGAAUUGUUUUAAGGCCGCUGCUGCAGUAGUCCAUCCUUGCGAAGUUGAGUUAGUUUACUCAUCCCUUAUGCCACUAUGUUAUAAUCAAUUAUCUAUGUUUAAUAAUUAUUAUUGAUUGUCCUCUAGUUACCUAGCCCUUGAACCUAUUUUUUGUUUAUAAUCUUAGAUUCCAAUAUCAUCCUGUAUUCUGGUAUACCGGUUAUGGAGAAGUUUAUUCUUAUGAAAGAGAUAGCUAUAUUAGAACCUCAAUUGUAAUUCAUAAAUUAUAAAGAACGAUAUGUUGGGUUUGCCUUAACAGUAACCUUUGGUUUAACUAAGUUUAUAUACCGUUCUGAAUGGAGCCUGUCUCUUUAAUUCUAUAUAUGCUUAUAUGAGUAACAUCUAUUUAUUACUACUGUCUGUGCCCUUGUAUACAUAUAUUUUCUCCCCAUAUGAGGUUUGUGAUCCCUCUCCUUUCAUCCUGUUUAAUAAGUAUAAGCUUGUUGCCUAACAUUAAUAGAGUGUUAUUAUUACUGUGUAUAUAUUUAUUUUAUUUCAAUAGAUCACAUAUGAAUUAACAUAACCAUGCGGUUAUUUAGUUAUAUUAUGAAUCCAGUACGAGGUUUUUAUAUAUUUUUUUACUCCGUGUUUUACAUGGGGUAUUUAAACCCGGACUUCUGGCAGUUAUGUUGUCUUGAAAAAGUCCCGUGGGAGAGAUGAAACGCGUAGAUGUAUGGUCCCAGCUGAUCUUCUGAUAUCUGAUUGUUUGGAGCGUCUGUGAGCUGCCGUUUAGUUCUUCUACGGUUUCUAACGAAGAUUACUAUCACGUUGGUGUUUGUAUCCUGCUACAGUUACUGUGCCCGGAGCCUGAAUGUGGUUGUUCUUUGCUUAUCCAUCUGCAAGUUGCUUCAAGUUACACCGCGGUCUUUUUUUGAAGAUUCCGACCGCGGUGUAAAACAUAUCCAUUUAUUCCUGUAUUUUUCCUCCCUGGGUUGUCACCAUUUCAUUGGACACCCUUUAUUGUUUUUUUACCCAUUGAGGAUACACCUUCCGGGACACGUUUUUUGCUUAUACCUCGGUGGGGGCCCACACCGAGGCAAGGUAUUUUUUUAUGUAUUAUCUGUUAUUCUUAUAUGUGUUAAGGGAUACAUUUUUUGCCAGUACUCUUUCAUUGGUUUUAUUGUAUUUGUGUAUGUUUUACAGGUGUGAUAGUCUGUAGAUACAUUGUUGUUCCGGUGUGGCAGAUUUGUCUAUCAGUGCCUGUUCAUACACUAUUUGUAUACAUUGUUAUCGAUUUUUAUAGCUCAUGACAGACUAGUAUUAGAUCAGUGGGGUGACAUUACAAUAUUAUUGAUUUAAUACGGUCUUCCUAGAUUUAUAUGCAUGGUUUUUUAUACUAAUAAAUUUGUAUUUUUAUUUACAUUGAUUUAAUAAUUUUAUACAUUCACUAAGGAGCGCACAUAAAUCCCCUUUUCUUAUGAGCUUUCACUCACUUAAGACGCUUGUUGGGAUAUGUAGCUGCCCUCUUUAUUAUGCUUAAUAAUCCUAUUCUUAUCAGUUUUUGUAUUGUUUUAAUUAUACCAAACCAGCUCUGAAUGUUACCUAUGUCAUGGAGAGUUUUGUUUAUUUUUUUUAAGCUAUUUUAUAACAAAUUUCUGUUUAUUUUCAUUUUAUAUUUUCAAUGUUGAGAUUCUUAUGCUGAAGUUUCUCUACUAAUGAAUUGGGAUGCCCUAUUUUUCGGGGAAACACUGUUCCUUUAAGAACAAAUUGGAGAAACUUGAUUUGGGCUGUAUUAAAAAGAACCGGUUUGGUUACUUUGUAUCAGCAUAUCUUGGCAAAGUUUCCAAGUGAAACUAGAUUUAGCUGCUCCAAUUGAUACAAUGUUUACCACGUGUGGAGCAGAUUUAUUGUCAAGCUGUGGCAGCCUGUUUCAUUGUGGAUACGAGUGUCUAUAUGUUUUGUAUCCCACGAACAGUGGACCCUUCGUGGGUUAAAUUGAUUCCUGGAGAGACGACUUAAAGGGACACUAUAGUCACCAGAACAACUACUGCUUAUUGAAUUUGUUCUGGUGAGUAGAAUCAUCACCUUCAGGCUUUUGCUGUAAACACUGUAUUUCCAGAGAAAAUGCAAUGUUUACAUUACAGCUUAGUGAUAACUUUACUGGCCAUUCCUUAGAUAGCUGUUAGAGAUCCUUCCUGGGUCAUGGCUGCCUAAAAUGUAUCCAAACAUUCAGUAUCUCCUCCCUCUGCAUGCAGACACUGAACUUUCCUCAUAGAGAUUCAUUAAUUCAAUUCAUCUCUAUGUGGAGAUGCUGAUUGGCCAGGGUUGUGUUUGAAUCAUGCUGGCUCUGCCCCUGAUCUGCCUCUUUGUCAGUCUCAGCCAAUCCUAUGGUGCAGCAUUGUGAUUGGAUCAGACCACCACUUCUGAUGAUGUCAGCAGACAGCUUGUUCUUUUGAGGCAAACAGCAUGCAGAGUUACAGCUUCAGGGUUGAAUAAAGUAAGAUUGUGCUAUGUUUAUGGAGGCAUGAGGGGCCCAGGGGGGGCUAGAUGGUGGUUUUAACACUAUGAUGUCAGGAAUACAUGUUUGUUUAAGGGCAGUGUAUCUGGAUUGCUUAGACUGUUGCUUAGAUUGCUUAUACCAGACUGGACUACUGUACCAGAGUGCUACAUUUACGUGCACUAGGACUUUGGUGCAUAGACCCUGUAUGGUUUUAUGUGCUUUCUCUCCUGCAAUUUUAUACUGCUUGUUGAAUUGUUUUUCCCCGGGAUCUGUCUGAUCCUUUUAAAAAUCCAUACAUGCUUAUACUUCAUGCUGGGUUAGAGUUAAAGGGACACUAUAGUCACCAGAACAGCUUCAGCUUAUUGUAUUUGUUCUGGUGAGUAUUGUCAGUCCCUUCAGGCUUUUUGGAGUAAACAUGGUCUUUUCAGAGAAAAUGUAGUGUUUACAUUACAGCCUAGUGAUAACUCCACUGCCCACUCCUUAGAUGGCUGCUAAAGCUGCUUCCUUGGGCAGUGCUGCAGAGUAAGCAGCACUGCCAUUCAGUGUCUCCACCCUCUGCAUGCAGACACUGAACUUUCCUUAUAGAGAUGCAUUGAUUCAAUUAAUCUCUAUGAGUAGUUGCUGAUUGGCCAAGACUGUGUUUGACUUGUGCUGGCUCUGCCCCUGAUCUGCCUCCAGUCUCAGCCAAUCCUAUGGGGAAGCAUUGUGAUUGGUUCAGGUCACCACUUCUGAUGAUGUCAGCAGACAGAGGCAGGUCUGAGGCAGACAGGGGCAGAUCCAGGAGCUGCAGACUUGAAUACAAGUAAGAUUUUACAAUAUUUAGUAUAUAGUGAAUCAAUGUUUUCCUAUGGGGGUUUUUCAAGAUGCUGGACGUUGUCAUGCAAAGCAUGAGGAUGUCCAGCAUCGUUUCACCGGGUUAAACUCUGUGUAAAUACAGGAAGCGCCUCUAGUGGCGGUCUGAUAGCGUAAGAGUUUAGCCCUUUCAUGUGCGCACAGGAUAGACCUAAUGUAAUACGGACAGAGUCAUAGCGUUUAGAAUACAGUUUUGUAUUUUGUUUUGUAUUUCCUAAUGCUAUACUGUUCCUCUAAAUUUGCAAUUCAGUUUGAAUUUGCUUUGCUUUCCAGACAGUUAUUACUUUAGUGAAUGACCCUGACAAAUCAAUUCAUUGAUAAUAUAUGAAAUGGGCUUCAAAAAGCUGUUUAGAACUACUGGGAAUCUCUCACUUGUGAAAACUGCCCUCUGUGAUUACAUACGUCAGCAAAGCAGGAUUAACCACAAAGCAACCAUCUAGGGCCCAGGGGUUAGACAGGGACCCAGCACCAUGAAUUUCCUUGACCCCAUUACCCAUCCUUAUGUGAAAAAGUAAGGGAGGGCCUUAAACUGGAAACCUGCCUAGAGCCCCGUGGGAUGUUAAUCCAUCUCUGUUUGCUACUAGAGUUAAAUUUUUAAUUUUUUUUUUAAAGUUACUUAUUUACUUAUACCAGGAUGUCUGAGACUGGACAAAAUAAUUUCCAUGACAGCUGUCUGCAGGAAGCAACUCCAUUUUUUACAGUCACAACAGCUUGAAAUAAUCCUGUGCUCCCCACUAUUUACUGCUCCCACACUAUCAGCAGGAAGCAGAAAUGGAACAUCAAAACUUAGGAUUCUAGAACAGCUAAACUUCCUUGUGACGGAGCUGCUAUACUUUGACUGAGUGCCUCCUCCAGGUUAGUUUCCAGGACUCUGGAGUGCUCCAGACCCAGUCGGCAAAGCUUGACUGGGGUCUCUGAAGAUCUCUUCCACUGGCCCAGGCUGCUGCUCUCUCCUUCCACACAGGUAUUGUCCCCUCUGCCUUUGCCUCUUCUGUUUCUCUUCCAGGCAGGUAUUAACACCUAUGUCUGCCCUGCUGCAACUACUGCAUUUACAAAGGCACUUGUUACUCUCUGGCCUAGCUCUUCCUUAACACAUCCCCCGGUAUCAGGGACCAGUGCAGCCAGCCAACAGGUCCGAAAACUCUGUUGACACAAACACACAAUGCUUUAUUUUCAUUGUCGAUAUAUAACACUCAAAAGCUAGUCUCUAUAUUAUUCGUUCAGAGGCUUGCAUUGUUGCGGCUCCCUGUGAGCUCUCUGACUCUGACUGUAGAUAUGGUAUAAUUUGCAAUAAACACAUUUGUAAUUAUGCUAAUCGUUUAUACAUGGUUGCAUAGUCUGGCAGUCGUGUAUACAUAAGUGCCCGUGUGAAGGGGUCUUUUGAAACAAAAAUUACAAUUUUGGUUGGGCAAAAAUACUUUUAGAAAAAUGAUUUACCAAUUAAUAAAGUUACAGAUAAGAAAAAGUGUCAUAUACAUUUCCCCCACAUAUUUUCUAAUCCUUUAUAUAUGUAUUGUCAUAUAUGUGUUCCGCCAUGUAUUGCUUAUAAUAUAUUUGAUGCUUGCCACUUUACCUUUGCAUUACCCAUAUCAUACCUAAGUGCAUGGGCCACCCAAUGGGCCCUAUCAGUUUUGCUGCUACAGAUUGGAAAAGUGGGGCCGAGACUGUACUACUGGGCCUGUGACAACCGUCAUUGUUGCCAACCCCUGAUGGCGGCUCUGUUAAUGAGUUCUUCUCAUCUAGACAGUCACCUAAACUGAACAGUAUGUUUACUCCUAAAGUCAUGUAUGUCUUGCAUGCCACUUCCUGCAGGUGGUGACUCCCAUUUAGUGUCCAACAAUGUUUACACCCAUGGUGAACAAAACCAUCAAUUAAACACUGUGACAAAUUCUAAAUAAUAAUUAAGAACCUUGUUACUGUCUAGACGCACCCUGUAUCUUUCUAGCCUUGUGUUUAAAAGCUUUUCUGUGAAACUCUCACCCUACCUGAGCAAAAUGUUCUCCUCGGCUGUUCCCACCUUCUAUAACCUCUGAUCCGGUACCAGCACUUUAUUUAGUCUACCUCAAUACAAAAAGAAAGAAGCCCGAUCCUCCUCCUACAGAGCACCGCAAUUGUGGAACGACCUCCCGCACACUUUAAAAUCCCCCCCAAGCCUAAAGUUAUUUAAGAGAUCCCUCUCUACAUACCUCAAAACAGAAUGCACGUGUUAUGGGUGAUUAUAUAUUUCCUACCUGUUCUAUGUUAAAUUUUGUAUAUAUUGUGUAUUAAUAUUGUUUUUGUAUUUUACUGUACCAUAAUGUAACAUUGCAAUGGUUUGUGGACUCAGGACAUACUUGAAAAUGAGAGAAAUCUCAAUGUAUCUUUCCUGGUAAAAUAUUUUAUAAAUAAAUGUGUAUUUUGUUUCUCCUAGAUUGCUACAUUUGUUCUGACACCAUUUUCUUGGGAUGCAUGUUUUAACUGUGACCAUUGGAUGUCUAUUCAUUGCGUGUUUGGAAGGAGUGGCAGUAAAACAAUGGGGAGGAGAUGGCACAACCCCCAACCUGGGAGAGAUCAUUAUAGGCAGGUGCUACGAUUACAUUGAGACAGUGAACCCUUCUGCAGGGUAAGAUCAUUAUUGUUGUACCCUGCUUCUUCUUCCAGUCACCUUAAUGGGACAUUAUAGCGCUAGGAAUACAAAUCUGUAUUCUAAUGCUAUAGUAUGCCUCUGUCCCUAACAUACAAGCCACCCUACCUCCUCUCCCCUCCCCCCCCAUUGGUGUACAAAGAGUUAAAAACAAUUUUGUCACUAACCUUAAUGCUUUCUUGUGGGGGGUUUUGAAGAUGUUGGACGUCCUGGGGCACAAAAAAAAGCAUUGUUUCCCAGAGUUUAACUCCAAGAAAAUCCAGGAAGUCAUAACUCUGCACUGGAAAUGUUGAAGUUUCUCUGCAAUGUUUUCACUUGCAGGAUUAAGGGGACAGGAACACAGCACCCAGACCACUUUAAUAUAAUGAAGCACAAGGAUCCACGAUUUAUCAGGAGUCUAGACUUUUUCAAGCUAAAUAAUGCAAAUAAAUAUUUGGAGGCUACCCAAGCUGUUUAUCUGUUUUAUAAGGAGGUAUAGUCAGUAAAUAUGUAGUUUUGGCUUCUUAACCUCAGUGUGGGUACAUAGCUUGGAGUCGUAUUCUAAAACUGUCCUGUAAUAAAUACUAAAAAGAAAUUAAAAAAGAAAAAUAACUUCAGUAGGCUACUCAUAGUGUGAAAUUGUUCUCUGAUGCUCAUAGAAAUGCUUCAUUAAAUAUCUUGUUGGGGUCUGAAUGAGUAUGAUGAUGUCAGAAUGUAACCAUAUAAACCAGUAAGCUUUAAAAUACCACGAGUACCCAAAUUUGGUUCUUGAGCUAGGUGUUAUCAAAAAGUUCCAAAGGUGCAGGUUUACUAUUCAUCUGAUGGGCCUUCGCUCAAAUCCCCAAAUAAUUUCUACUUGAUUAUACUCAGAGCACCAACUUCCUACCUAACAUUACCCACUAGAAUUCAAUGAAUGACUCUGAAAUUUGUUUCUUUAGUUUUUUUCAGUAAUCACCAUUGUCAUAUUAAAAUUGAUACAGCAGGAAGAACUGCUCUGAGAUAUGGGAAGCUUUUAAAUCUGCAUUUGUCAACAAGGAUCCGUGUUCCAUAUUUCCAUCGGACUAUGAGCUAUAUAUUAAUCUGACAUUCCACAAUAUCCCUCCAAAUAAGGUAUGACCAUUUCAAACUAAAAACUCAUCCAAAUGUAUCUUAUUGGAGGCAAGAAUACUUAGACGUGGCCUUGUCUUCAUGGAGCCCUUUUAGGAGUAUCUAUGAAUUCAUUGUAAUUAAUUAAUUUAGGCUUCCCUAAACUUGGUGGCCGCAAGUAGUAAACAGUCGUAUGUGUUUUAAAAGAACACUACAGACACCUAAAACACUCCAGAUUCUUUUAGAGCAUUAUGUGUAAGUGAUAAGCCUUUUGUGGUUAGGAAUGUAUCUGCAAUCCCCUGGAUUUUCAUUCAAGUUUUUUUUUCAAAGUUGAGAAAAAUAAAUCAAAAAGAGGAAAAGGGAUUCUGCAGUAUCAAAAAAAAAAAAAAAAAUAACAAUAGGAAAAAUAUUUAGAGGAUCAAAAGGUGAGAAUAUUUUUACUUCUGUGCAGCUCAUUCGUAAAACCAUCAUGGCUCGCUUGGUCGUAUACAUAUUAAUCACAAAGUAAAAAGGGCAACCAGAAUAUAGCAGUGCACCUAAGUGCUACAUUUUUAUGAAGGACACAAACAUAAACACAGAUGUUUUGGGUAUACAAACCCUUUUUCAAUGUGCAAUGCCCUUAACAAUGCAAAACAACCUACCCCCAUAUAUAGACAAAAGUAACCCUCCCACCACAUACACCAAACAGAUUGACCCCAGACAGCCCCAAAGAGAGGCUUGGAAUGCUCCAGCCUGACAAAAUCCUGGUUCCUGUCACUCAGAUCGCAUCAAUCUCAGUUAGAGUUUCCAUGAGAUGAAAUGGAUUUAUUUUAUUACUACCAUCGAUGAGUCUGUACAUGGAAUUGACAUGGGGCUCCAUUCACGAGACUGGUUUGUGUAGAACUAUGCAUUAUUGGUCUUGUCAAGAUCGAUGAGAACAGGGGGCAUGCUUUUUAAAGGGGCACUUCAAGCAUCAUAGACAUUACAGCGUUUUCUAGUGGCCAUGGUGCAAGGCAGCAAUGGGAAGCCUUUGCUUCUUGUUCAUUAGGGUUUAUGGAACAAGUAGAAGUUGGAUGGAAUGCAGGGGACCAGCUGCACCCUAAUCAUGCAAAGCUCUUCCAGCGUUAAGAGUGACCCAUUACGCACGGGGAGAGGUUAAAAAAAAAAGAUGCAAAUGUGCCAUGAAAAAUAUCUUCUGAUCACCUUAAGAAAAACACACGAAGUUGGCUUUUAAUUAUAAUUUGAUUGCUAUGAGAUUUUUUUUUUUUGUUUGUUAGUUUCUUCCCAUUCACAUUACAAGACAUUAACGAUGUUUUGGUUUUUGUUUUAGUCUUUUUUCUGGGAAAACAACAAAGAUCUAGUUCAUCGAUACUCUGACAGAACAAAGCGAUACAUGCCGCUCGGAGAUACACUGCCUGGUUGGUUAGGAGACAAUUUAAAUUGGUGUGGAGUCGCUAAUGAACCAGGUGAGAUACUAAAUAAAGCAGCAUCAAUAUGGGCAGUAGUUAGUGGUUCCCAUCUUCUGACGUAGAUCAUAAAAAAAAAUAAAAAAAAUAUGCACAAUAAGCAAAAACCACAACAUGUAUUAACUAGAGUACAAAGGCAUAUCUACUAUUGUGGGUUCAGGGUAGGUACAGCAUGGUGUGGGGUAAUAGAGCAAGUUUAUACAUUUUUAAGUAUAUAAUAGUCUUAAUUCUUUUAAAGAUUUGGUGUCCAAGUGUAAUUAUUGUAAAUGUUAGGACAGGGAUAGGCAACCUUCGGCACUCCAGAUGUUGUGGACUGCAUCCCUCAUAAUGCUCUUACACCCAUAAUGCUGACAAAGCAUCAUGGGAGGUGUAGUCCAAAACAUCUGGAGUGCCGAAGGUUGCCUAUGCCUGUGUUAGGGUUUAGGGUUGGACAUUGGACUCGGUACAAGGCUGGGGUUUGAGAGGGGCUUAAGUUAAUAUAUAUGGGAGAGAUCAUGAAAUUUACCUUUGGAAUUAAGCGGUCUUUUGGUCACCUAGCAACAGCACUGCACUUGAUGGAAGCAUUGAUAUUUAUCCCAUACUAAAAUAGGCAUCUGGUCAGCCAAAUUUACUGUCAACAACCAACCUUUAUUUAACAUUGUAAACAUGCAUUAUUUUUCAUUACACAAUGAUGAUUCAGACAUCAAAGGUAUGGCUAUGCUGUUUUAGGAAUAAGUAGCAUCUCCCUAUUAAACUGAGAUGUAUUUGAAACUCAUAUGACAUCUUGAUCGCUAUGCUAGGCCAAGCGCCUACAUAUGUAUCUUAAUAUAUGAUAUUUAAUUGAAUCAUUUUAAAGGAAUGGAUUACAUCUCCUGUCCCACAACAACAGAAUGUGAAUACAAUGCACAGGAAUCAUUCUGGAGAAUUGCUUCUGUAACUGUAAGUAUUUCAGGCAUAAAUUAAUAUAUAUAAUAUGAAGAAGAGGAGGCACUCCGUCUAUCUUAGGGUGCCCAGAUUCAUGUUCAAUCUAUCAUGGGGUGCCCAUCUAAAUAAACAACAUCCUACGCCAGAGUUGAGGACUCAUCUAAACCAUUCAAAACAACAAAUAAACUCAAAGGAGGAAGAAAAGAUUAAGUUUAAUAUAACUAAGUUAAAGUUAAAUAAUUAUCAUACGAGUAAUAGAGCUAGUAAAAAUUUAACAAAAAGACUUCAAAAUCAUUAUGCGAGGAAUAGGAUAGAAAAACUGGUCAUUGACCAAUUAGUCUACUCCACCCCUUCCUUAAUAGGUCAAAAAUUUAACCAAUUUUAUCAAGAAUUAUACAACUUAAAUUUACAUCCUAAAACAAAGGAUAUUAAAAAUUAUUUACAUAAUACAAUAAUUCCGAAAAUUACCUCACAAGAUCUGGUAUUUUUAAACAACAAAAUUACUGUGGAAGAAGUCAAAUAUCAAAUAGAUAGACUCCCCAUAAAUAAAACUCCGGGGCCUGAUGACUUCACAAAUUUAUAUUACAAAUAUAUGAAGUCACAUUUACUAAAUCCUAUUACUCAAUUCUUUAAUCAAUUGGCCGAAAAUACCACCAUUCCAAAAGAAUUGUUACAAUCUAAUCUUGUUCCCAUACUGAAACAGAAUAAGGAUAGUACAGACUGGUGUAAUUACAGACCGAUUGCGUUAAUUAACGUAGACAUGAAGUUAUAUUCAGCUAUUAUUGCCGAGAGAAUUAAAAGUAUUAUACCGAAUCUUAUUCAAACUGACCAGAUCGGGUUUAUCCCUGGAAGAUGGGCAUCAAAUAACUCCCGUAGAUUGAUUGACAGUAUUGACUGGUCAAAUAGACAUAAUGUUCCCUUCCUGGCCCUGUCACUAGAUGCCGAAAAAGCGUUUGACAGGGUCGGGAGGGGAUAUUUAAGUGAAGUCCUGAAGGCAUUCGGAUUCACGGGAUGGAUAUAUGGUGCUAUUUUAGCCCUAUAUUCCUCCCCUUCAGCCAGAACAGUGGGCCUGAAUAUAACUGCAGGAUGGUUUGAUCUCAAAAACGUUACUAGACAGGGGUGUCCCCUUUUGCCUUUACUGUAUGUUUUAUCUCUUGAACCUUUAGCUAUUAAUAUUAGGAAUAACCCAUUAAUUAGCGGUGUCAAAUUAAAAUUACUUGACGCUAAAAUUUCUUUAUAUGCGGACGAUGCUUUAAUCACCCUGUCUUCUCCUGAAAAAUCACUUCGGCCUUUAAUGUUUGAGAUUGAGAGAAAUUCUAGUAUAUCUAAUUUUAAGUUAAAUAUCUCAAAAUCAAUAGCUUUAACCAUUAAUAUGCCUUCAGAAUUGGUUGAUAAUUUAUCCCAGAAUUAUAAAUUUAGCUGGACAGACAAGGAAUUAAAUUACUUGGGUCUAACGAUCCCUGUAAACAUUCCGACUAUAAUGGAGAGAAAUGUUUUAAUUUUAAUGAAAAAUAUGAACCUUAAAUUAAAAAAAAUAGCAAAACCUGGAAACUUCCUGGAUAGGUAAAAUUAAUAUUAUAAAUUCCUAUAUUCUACGCUAGUGGCUAUAUCUUUUUUCUAUGGUUCCAUUAAAAAUGCCUAAACCUUGGCAAGCAAUGAUUCAAUCAAGUUUCAAUAAAUUUAUUUGGAAGAAUAAAAGACCCAGAAUUAAUCAAAAAAAUAUUUCUAAAAAACUAUCUCAAGGUGGUCUUGGCUUUCCUAGUAUUUUAUAUACGUAUUAUGCAAAUAUUAUUCGGCAUAUUUACAUUCUUCAAGAUCCACAGGUUCACAGGGAGCCAUAGUUUAUAUUAGAGUCGGAAGCUGCCCACUCUUCUAGACUAUAUCAUUAUAUGUGGAUGGAUAUUAAAGAGAUUUCGAAAGAGCCAAAUAAUUGGUUUCCUUCCACAUUGUUUCAAACUCUUGAGGAUUGGGCAGAAAUUAAGAAAAUGUUGAAUAUUGUUCAAUUAAUACCAAGAUCUUGUAGUCUGAAUAUUUUGGAGGGUAUAAUAGAGGAUUUUUCAUUGACUUCUUGGGGUAAUAUUGACUCUCUAAGUAUUUCAGACCUCAUGCAAGGAGAUAAUAUUCUGUCUUUUCAACAGAUCGUUGAUAAUAUACAUAUUUCUCCCAGAGAGAUAUUUACUUAUCUUCGUAUCAAACAUUUCAUACAGAAAUGUAUUAUUCCAACUUCUUUUCCCUUUGCUAAGAAAUUGGAAGCUUUAUUUUGUUAUCGAACGCUUCCUAAGGUUACUUCUGUUGCUAACUCUUUGCUUGAUGAAACUAAGAUAAUACCACAUAAACUGAUUAAUAUCUGGGAGAAGGAACUAAAUUUGAUGAUUCCCUUUAAUGACUGGCUAGCCUCUCUAAUAAAUGUAAAUAAAUAUAUACAUUGCCUAACCCUGACAGAGUGCCAUUUUAAGGUAGUUCACAGAUGGUACUUUACUCCAACAAGAUUGACAACAAUGUUUCAAUCAUAUGAUUCCACUUGCUGGAGAUGUGGUUCGUUUCUGGGCACAUAUAUGCAUAUAUGGUGGGAUUGCCCAUUAGUUAAACCAUUGUGCAUAUGGGCAUUUAAUACCAUCUAUGCAGUUACAGGUAUUAGACUUAAUCAAAAUCUGGUCACCGCCCUUCUACAUUUGAAUUGGAAAUUAAAAUAGCAAGAACAUACAUGUUAUGCUAUACAUUGUUUUGUUGCGGUCAAAAUCAAUAUAGCCAGACAUUGGAAGUCCUCAAAUUUUUUUCAGAAAUCCUGUUUGAUCGAUCAAAUUAUAUUUCAGGUAACAAUGGAAAAAGAGAUUAUAACUAAUAAUACUGUCUUUUCAAAAAAAGCUAUAUGGUAUUCCAAUUGGCUUCAUAAACUUUCCCAUAUCUAAUUGGUAACAAAUUUAUGGCUUGUGUCUUUUAUUUAUAUAAUAAGGGGGAAAAAUGGAUAAGAGAAGGGCAAAGAAAAGGAUAGGAAGAGGAAAGAAAAGGGAAGAAAGAAAAGGUAAUAGAAAAGGGAAAAGCAAGAAAAACUAUAUAGUAAUAAUUAUGGUCUGAAGGUUUCAAUUGGCUCCUUUUUUGUUUCUGCAAGUGUAUUUUUAUGUAAUAUUACAUGAUAACUAAUUCUGGUAUCUUUGGUGGUGGGAUAAUUUAGUUGUCUUGGUCAUGUCUAUGUCUUUGUUCUCUUUUUGUCUAAUCGAUUUCUAUUAUACAAAUAACAAGACUUUGUACUAAAUGCUUGAUUGUAUCAUAUUAAUAGAAUACUCCUUGUUAUUUCUAUUUGCUGUUUAUUUGUGAUAUAUAAAAAAAAAUUCUCAAUAAAAAAUUAUUAUAAUAAAAAAAAAUAAUAAUUGUAUCUCAAUCUCUAAAUUGAACUUUAAUCACAUACAGGAGGUUCUUGCAGGGUCUAGCAAGCUAUUAACAUAGCAGGGGAUAAGAAAAUCUUAAUUAAACAGAACUUGCAAUAAAGAAAGCCUAAAUAGGGCUCUCUUUACAGGAAGUGUUUAUGGAAGGCUGUGCAAGUCACAUGCAAGGAGGUGUGACUAGGGUUCAUAAACAAAGGGAUUUAACUCCUAAAUGGAAGAGGAUUGAGCAGUGAGGCUGCAAGGGCAUGAUCUAUACACCAAAACUGCUUUAUUAAGCUAAAGUUGUUCAGGUGACUAUAGUGUCUAUUUAAUACUUGACUGAAGCAUUAUUGUUUUAAUUUUAAUCUAAUCUGUUUCUUUUAACAGUACGCAAAAUAUAGCUAUGGAGAAAUACAGAUUAUGCUAAAUGGUUCUACUCCUGGUGGUGCUUUUCCAGUCCCUAGGUGAGUGUUUUCUGAUUUACACAUACAUUUUUGGUCAUUUAGGUCACGCGCACACAAGCAUGCAAAGUCAUAGUGACAGCUUCUACCAAGCUUCAGGGAUCUCAGUUACCUCCAGUGUGUCAAGUUAGUAACCCAAUAAAUCAGAUGUAUCCCUCUCCUGCUAACUAAAGUGGUUAUGGUGCAAACACCCUCUCCCUGCAGCCUUUGUUUAAAAAAAUCUUUGUGUAAACAUUAUCCUGUGUGUAAGACUGCCUCCUGGAGCUUUCAAUCCAAUUGCUGAACACUCUCUUCCUGGCUGGCAAUAUCCAUUUUGUGCAACCUUUAAAUCAGGUGUUGGUGCAUACUGCUUGCUAACCUCACGCCUUGGACAGGUUGCCCAUAGCUGGGGGUGUUACACAAAGUGUCAAUGUUUCCACUGUCCGGUUCCCAGGCAAUUGAAUGCAAUAACUCUCUAAUGAAAAAUAAAUCCUUAAAUUUGUUAUGAGUUUUGAUCUCUGCCCUUGCAAGUUAUUCCAUUGGGAAAUUAUGUCCCAUCCUGAGUGCAAGAACUACCCUGGUGCUGCUGGAGUACAACUCGAAUCAUACUCUGUGAAAUUCUGGAUAGGGCUGGUCAGUGUUAAAAUAUACAUCUGAUGUAACGAAUGGUAAAACAACCACUAUCGAAACAGAGUAUGUGGAAUGUGAAAACCAUCAACCUCAUCCAGCAUUUGGUUGAUCCUAAUAAGAAUUGCAGUCCACAAUAGCUUUUCAAUAGCAAGUCAUGAUUUAAAUAGGCACAAUACUUAAAAAUGGUACUUAAACUAAUAGAGCCCUAAAUUUUUAUUUUAUUUUUAAUUUAUUUUUUACAAAUCCUUACAUUUUAAUUAAACAAUUGAUUGGUUGGACAUUGUAAGGGCUGGGCAAAAAAAAUAUUUUUCGCUGCAGAGGUCAGAUUUCAAAUGAAAGAAAGGUAAAUGUUUAGAGCGGUGGACAUAUUUCUGUACAUUUUAGUAAAUGCAUUUUAUUUCCAAUUCUACAUCGUGUGCAAAAAAAUGAGCUUUUUUAUGAAAGAGAGUUCCCUUUAACGGCCAGUUUGUAUAGAAUACGGAGAAUCUGGAUAUAAUAAUAUAUAAAAUAACUUUGCUCCUCUCACACCUCAUCCCUCUGUCAAUCCUUACAUUGGCUUCCUGUACCAUAUAGACUUCAUGUACUCUAUAAGAUUCCUGUCUCUUCCUCUCUCCUAAAGGGCCACACUCCACUCUCACCUUCCUAUUGUUCCCGUAACAUUUUGGAAAUGUCUCAUUUAUUGUUAUAUUUUUCCCUUUAUAAUAUUGUAGGGUGCUGCUGAAUAAGUUGGCGCUAUAUAAAUGCCAAUAAUAAUAACAAUAAUAAUACUUUAAUACCAUUAACUGCUGGCUUAUGAUUGCAGACCAGAAACUCUUCCAUAGCAAACAGUAGUACAAUGUUUUUUUUUUUGUUUUUCUUUUAGUUUUCUAGCAGACUACGAGAUUCCUAACUUUGACACCAACAAAAUAUCCAAGGUCAAUAUCUGGGUGAUGGAUGACAUUGGUGGAGCAGACAUGUAAGUUGCAAAACAUCUACAGUUGCAAGAAAAAGUAUGUGAACCUUUUGGAAUGAUAUGGAUUUCUGCACAAAUUGGUCAUAAAAUGUGAUCUGAUCAUCAUCUAAGUCACAGCAAUAGACAAUCACAGUCUGCUUAAACUAAUAACACACAGAGAAUGAAAUGUUGCCAUGUUUUUAUUGAACACACCAUGUAAACAUUCACAUUUUAUGACCAAUUUGUGCAGAAAUCCAUAUCAUUCCAAAGGGUUCACAUACUUUUUCUUGCAACUGUAUAUGUAUUUAAAGGAAUAAUGUGGACAGGGUCAUUCCAAAACAAGAUGACUAUGCCUUUCACAUUCUUUUAGGUUAAACUAUAAAACAAUAAAGCCCCCCCAUCAUGUAAAAUGAAGAACAUUUUUGCUUACAUUUUUUGUGGGCAAGACUCCCUCGGCAUGAUGGUACCAUCUAAUACUUCUCAUAGAGGAGGGACCUGGUGCGCACGCACGGCGAGUGAUGCACUCACCUUCAACCUUCCCCAUAGGAAAGCAUUGUAUUCAAUGCUUUCUUAUGGGCUUCCACGCUACUUGGCCAAGUUUUACUGUCAGGAAGAGAGCCACUAGAGGUGGAUUUAACACUACAAUGUAAACAUUGCUUUAAAAAAAAAAAAAACAAAACUGCAUUGUCUUACAUUGCAGGGUCAAAGGACAGGGCUACUGCACCCAGAUCACUUCAUUUAGAUGAAGACGUUCCGUGACCUUUGUGUCCCUUUAAAGGAAUGUCAGGGACUUAUCUCCUUCUCGGAUUUUAGAAUGUAAGGUAGGUUUUCUUUGAAUGUUUGAGUAUCACACACACAGGACUUGGGCAAAUAGACAGUCUUUUGAACCAGGAGGGGAGUUAUUUGCAAAGUGAUAGGAGCAGAUGAUCAGAUUACUCAGUGAGUCACAUGACAGAAUACACAGCUAAUUUGGAUUCAUGCUUCUUGUACACCAAGGUUAAACCUCCAUGACAAGGCUUAAAAAGUGGGGAGUCUAUCAUUAGCAUGGACCCUUAUUCCAGUACCUGUCCAUCUUCUUUUACUUUAGGUUAUGACAUUGCAUGUGAAAAAUACUUUUUUUCUUUCUACUGAUACUGAAUCAUGGGCCUUUAAAUUGACUUUGGAGCAUAAUUGAUUUAGCGGUAGAGCAGCUAUUUAUGCAGCUUAUUUCUGAGGUAGAAGGUAGAAGUCUGUAAGGAGGAGAGGGGUAGAUUGCUAAAACAGUUCUCACAGCAUGUACAUUUUUGCUUGGAAUACUUUUUAUUUUAGUGACCUGAACUAAAAUAAAAAGUAUUUUUUUUUUCAGUGGAACUGAAAAAGGUUAAUAUAGGAAUGUGACUGUAAGUAAAAAUAAAGUCACAUGUUUGUUUGGUUAUUUAUUAUUUUGUCACAAUUUUUGAGACCUUGUUUACUAGAAAUGUUUGUGUACUUUGUUGAAAGUGACAAUUCCUCAAUCUAUCACUAGAGGGCAGUAGAGGUGAGUAUAAAGCACUCAUACUUCCGAGUUAAUUCUUUGUCCAGAAGAAAGUCAUUGCUCUAUAAUGCCCCACGAACGCUCAAGCAUCUUCUUAUUCUAUGACAUAAGACUACAUGUGCACUUGAACAUUCUAUCCGAAAUGUCAUGCAUGCAUCCUCACAGUCACAGGUUACAUGGCACUGUGAAGUUAAAUUAAGAAUGCAAUGCAAGUUUAAAAAAAAAAAAAUGGUUGUCGCUGAAAGAUAAAAAUUAAAAACAUCUGUAGCUAAGUUUGGCCCUCCACCUCUCUGUUUCUAUGUGUCCAGUUGUCUGGUUACAAUUACAUGUCUGUCAGUCCACCCAUUGUACAGCGCUACGGAAUCUGAUGGCGCUAUAUAAAUAAUAAAAUAAUAAUAAUAUUGGUCACCAAAAUGCAUUGUAAAGGGACAAACAACUGAAUGCCUUCAUUCAUAUUACCAAGGUGCUCUAGAAUAUUUGUGCCCAUAUUAUUGUAAUAUGGGCUUGUGAAAUCUUAACUUUGCUCUGGUUUGAGAAAUAGUCACUUAACGAUUAGUAAGUCUUAACCCAUAUUCUAUUCGUCAGCUGCAUUUCAUUCUAUCACUGUUGUCCCCUAAUUAUGUAUAGAAGUGCUUUGUAAGAAAUAUUUCCCCUGGAUGAACACAAUGAGAUUUUACUGCUUUUCGAAUCGGUGCUGAAGAAGACCCUGAGAGCGUUGUCUAAAAACAUUCUUGUGGUUUUUAUUAUCUUUUCCAGAGACUCAUGUGGGAAGAACAGUUUGAGUGUUUUAGAAACUAUGUUAGGAUCAAAACAUUUGUCAUACAGUUGUGUGGAUAAUUACAGGUAAGUAAAAAAAUAAGUGUCUUUUAUUCGUUAAAGUUUCUUGCGUUUUCCAGAAGUAAAGUAAAACAGAAGAGAUUAGCAUUCAGGUCAAAUUUGUAUCAGAUGAAGUACAAAUGAAUACCAACCAUAUCACAUAGUAAACAUUUAAAGCUGAAAUGUUAAAUCCACCGUUCCUUGUUCUUUCACCUGAAUGAAUGCUAUUUCAGCAAUUCCACAAAUGAAAAAACAUACCCGCACUGCGGUGUCAUUCCGUUCCGUAAUGCACACUUGGCAUCUUCUGGAGAAAUGCAAUAUGGAAGCAUGCACACCUGGCACUUACUCUAGUACUGAAUGCAAGCAUGUGCUGUGUAUAUGGGACUGUAAGAGAUAACUAGUUUACUUUGGCCAACUAUAGGAAUCGUUUUCCUCAUAAACUAGACAGAUAAAAGGAGAGGGUGGGAAUACGAAGAAAGGGAAAAUAGCCAGAGAAGCAAUGAAAAGAUAAAAGAAGGGAGGAGACGAUAAAAGAAGAGGAAAGAAUAAAAAUGGGAAUUAGGUUACUUGCAAUUGUCACUCGAUAGGUAAACUGUGAAAAAGUAUGGAGUUUGGUCCACUCAUACCCACUUGUGCUCUCAGACAUGGAUUCCAGACCUCAUAGAACUGAUGCCCGUAAUUAAGGCCACCAUUUUCUCAAUAGGAACACAAGGUAGAGGAUUGCACAUGCUUUAAAGGAACACUAGAGGGUCAGGAACACAAACAUGUUUUCCUGACUCUAUAGUGUUAAAGCACUUGCCCUCCCUAAACAUAGUAUAAUCUUACUUCAUUCCAGACUUUACUACAGUCUGCUGCUGGCUCUGCCCCUGAUCUGCCUGCUUGACUGACAUAAUCAGAAGUGGUGGUCUGAGCCAAUCAUAAUGCUUCCCCAUAGGAUUAGCUGAGAGUGUCAAGGAGGCAGAUCAGGGGCAGAGCCAGCACAAGCCAAACACAGCCCUGGCCAAUCAGCAUCUCCUCAUAGAGAUGUAUUGAGGAGGUCAGUGUUUGAAUGCAGAGGGUGGAGACAUAUCUCAUAGGCAAUAGUGUCUGACUGUCAAGAAAAGUAAUGGCUAAAUUAUAAAAGCCAAACCUGUCAGAAAAAAAAGGAGGAAAACUCAAUACGAAUUAACCAAGUGAAAAUACUUCCUAUGCCUUUUUUUGGUGUCUGGAGUUUCCCGUUAAUGAUACAAAAACAAAUACAUUAAAAUUGUAUUGUUGCCUGAAGUGUACCUUUUAAUAUGCUUUAUUUUUUUGCAUGUUCAAAUCAUACAUUUGAUAAGAAAGUCUUUCUGGCAUGAGAGGGCAGGCUGAGUGCAGCAUUCGGCAAAACAUUUAUUUUUUUAUGCAAAAACUAAAAAAAAUUGUACAUUUUUUUGUACAAUUUUUUAUUUUAAAUACAGCAUAUUAAUGAUCUAUAAAUGACAUUCAAGUUGUGUUGGUGCCCGUAGUGUCCCUUUACGAGUUUCCGUAACUGUAUGUUCUUACAUAAUAAAGAAAAAGGGUUACUUCAAGCACCAUGGCCACGUAAGUGAUUUGAAUUCUCCAGUACACCAUUUUCCAGCCUCCAUUUCUCCUUGCUUGCGUUCUCCUAAUUCAGGUUCACUCCCUUUUUAUGCCUAUAUUUGCUCUGCUUGUCAAUUUUAAUUCCUUCUUUCUCAUUUCUCAUUUUUAAUUUAUUCUUGUGAAUAAUAUUAAACAAAACAACAAUCGUUCCCAGAAGUUGAAACUUUAAAGGAACAUUAAUUAUGCCACAUUAUAUAAUAACUGAAAAGUACAAUAAAAAUGCUUCACUAUGUCACAUUGAGGCUCAUCCCUAAGUUUCACAAAAAAAGGCCCACAACAUAGGGUGUCACUUAAAGAGUUGCUCUAAGCUCCAAAACAUGUUUAGCUUAAAGGGACUCUCCAGUGACAGGAAAACAUAUCAGUUUUACCGGCAUGCAGGACACUGCAGUGACCCUCUCCCUCCCACCCCCCAUCCCACGCUAUAUCCAAGAAGCGGGAUGCCUGAGGGACCCAUUCAAGUUUCAAACCAUUUCAAAAUGGCUUGACUCCUUACCAUAGGAUGGUACCAGUGGACUUCUGGCACCAUAACCACUAAAGUGCACUGUUGUAGUUAAUGGGCUUUGAGUGUCUCUUUAAUCAAAAUUAUAUUUCAGAUUAUUUUAUGUAGUAAUGUAUUUGAUCUCAUUUACAAAUAUAUGUUUACAUUUUUAUAUUUUUUAUUUUUGUUGUUGCCAUAAUGUUCCAGAUUUGUUUAACAAUUACUUUUCUUCUCACAGACCCGUCAAGAUCUUGCAGUGUGUGGAUUUCCCUGGUCAUAUUGACUGCAUCACAAACAGUGGCAUUUGCUUUCCUGCAUCCUGGAUUGGCAUAAUGCUACCAUGGCUUGCUCUGAUAAGUAAUCAUUUUUGAGUGGCUGCAAAAAAGUUGCUAAACAUGUGAUUUCUAUGCAACAAUAUAAUGUAUUUUUAAUUUUAAGCUUUUGUUCCAAAG